UCCUAUCAAAACUUGUAAGUGCUGAUCUAAUGGUGAAUUAGCAAGUGUCGCUAGUGGAAGGCUAUAAAAGGGCAGGGUGGUUAUACUGUAUUGUCUGUUAUUGGAUUGAUUACGUUCUGUAUGUCAAUAAUAAUAUUACAUAAUAUAAAUUAAAAUAUGGCCUCACAAAACAUCAAGCUCAUCUACUUCACUGGCAGAGGCAGAAUUGAAGUUUCUCGUUUGAUUCUGGUGGCUGCAGGCAAACAGUUUGAAGAUGUCCGCCUUGAGACAUUUACACCAGAACAUAAAGCCAAAACUCCAUUUGGUCAGCUGCCUUUGUUGGAGAUAGACGGGGAAACGUUUGCACAAAGUGUAGCUAUUGCAACGUAUCUGGCACGUGAAUUUGGUUUUUACGGCAAAACCAAUCGAGAUGGUCUCAGGAUAGAUCAAAUAGUACAGCUGACGCAAGAGAUUUUGAACGCAGGCUACAGAGCAUAUCUGUUUGAACCUGAUGAAACCAAAAAGGAUGAACUGAUCCGUGAGUUGAAAGAGAAAGAAUUCCCCAGAUAUCUUGGAUAUUACGAAAAGUUGCUCAGAGACAACGGCACUUCCUAUUUCGUGGGAGAUUCGCUAACUCUAGCAGAUCUGAUUGUCUACGAUGUUGUGUUCGCAUUCCUUCAGCGCGGCUUUAGCACAAGUGGAUUUCCCCUUGUUGAAGCAUUGUAUCAGCUGGUGGAGAGUCAUCCAAACAUUAAGCCUUAUGUGGCUCAAAGGAGGAUAACGCCUAAUUGAGAAGUACUAAUAGAUUAUAAAAUACAGAAAUAAUACAUAAAUGCCUACUUGUAUUUUUAUAUAGAUUAGUAAUCAUUAUUCAUGUCCAUUACACGUACAGCCAACAGAUCAUUGUUUAAAAAGUUAUUAAUUUAUUUGUAAAUAAUAGCUUAUAUUUCAUGAGAUUGAAAAAUAUUUUAACACAUUUCUGGAAUGUUAAUUUAUUUGUUAAUUGUUAUCCAAUAAAUUUGCUUACUAGUUUAUUAAA